CGCUGUGCUAGCACUUCCCAGCUGCUGCAGCUGAUAGACUGACCAGCAGCUCUCAUCUGAUGCUCGCCUGCAGACCAAGGAGUUAAACAAAACGAAAAACGACACCCUGAUGUGCUGAGAGAGAAGGAAAGGAAAGGAAAGGAAAGGAAAGAAAAGAAAAGGAAGCGGAGCAGAAUGGAUUUGUUCAGGCUGCUGAAUGUAAACGAGCUCGCUGUUGCUCUGUCCAAGCUGAACAUGUUUCCGUAUUUCGAUGCAGCGCACUACAUCGUGUCAGUCAUGUCUUUACGGGAACAACCAGGAGCAUUGGAAGUGUCCCGCCGCAGUCCAUUAGCAUGUUGGUUCAGUGCGAUGCUGUACUGCUUCGGAGGGGCUGUUCUCUCGGGAGUCAUCAUGGCUGAAGCUCCGAUCGAGCCGCUGGCCAACAGCACAAACAUCCUGCUCGCCUCAUUAAUGUGGUACUUGGUGUUUUAUUGUCCUCAGGAUGUGGCGUACUCCUGCGCCACCAUCCUGCCCAUCCGAUUGGUCCUCACGGCUAUGAAGGAAGUGACACGUACAUGGAAGGUUUUGGGCGGUGUUACACAGGCGAGCAGGAAGUACAAAGACAGCCUGUUUGUUAUGAUUGCAGUGGGCUGGGCUAAAGGUGCGGGUGGAGGUCUGAUAAGUAAUUUUGAGCAGCUGGUUCGAGGUAUUUGGAAACCUGAAACCAAUGAGCUGUUGAAGAUGACAUACCCCACUAAGGUGACUCUGAUUGGCUCAGUACUGUUCUCUCUGCAGCAGUGUCAGUAUCUCCCUGUGCACAAGCCACAGCUGAUGCUCCUCUACACCGCCUUCAUUGUCAUCAACAAGACAAGGAUGAUGCUAAUGGGUUCCUCCUUCUCUCUGUUCGCUGGGUUAGAGACGGCUUUGUAUGAGGUGCUGUUUGCAAGACCUAUGACCUGCUCUCCCCUGACCAAUCAGAGCCAUUCCCACUCCAACAUCGCUUCUUCUUGUUCCAGCUCAGAAGCCAGAAGCACUUCCUGUGUCACGAAUGGCUCGUCGCUUCCGCAAGAACAAUGCAAAGACACGGAGAAGGACAAGAAAAAAACAGAAUAAUGCUUUUCUUUUUUUCUCCUUUUCUUUCUUUUUUCCGCACGACUGUGAUCUUUUUCUAAAACUCUCCAUUAUUGCAUGUGGGUAAAAACUGAGAAAAAUGUAUUUACUCCUACAUGUAGCUGUAGAUUUUUCGAUCUUUGGUAUAACAUUACUGCUGGGUAUAUUUAGAAAAUUCUUUAUUAAUUAUUUCCAAAACUUUUAUUUGUAUAUUUGGAUAUGUGGAUCUGUAAAUAUUUCUAUUAUAAUUUUAUAAACCAAAUCUAUUCUCACAAUUAUAUUUUAUAUUAUUUAUAUUGUACGAUUAUGCUAAUGUGAAAUGCUCUGUCUGCUCGACUGCAUUCCUGAGAUAAUUUAAUUGAAAAUAUACUUCAAAAUUGAUUACGUUUG